UUUAAGUAUUAAGCUAUUAAUUAUAACAUCAAAGUUUACUUAUAAAAUCGAAAAAGUAAAUAAAUAAACAAAUAUGGAUUAGAAAACAAGACAACGUAAAUGAUAUCGGCCAUCUUGGUAGAGUAAAUAGUCAAGAAAAUAUAGGUAGACUGAAAGACAAGACUACUGAUGUAGGUGUUUUCUCGUACAUAUAAUAAUAAUACUAAAAGUUGAUAACGUGAAUUAUAAUUAUGGUUUUUAAAGUUACUAAAGAAAUAAUAUCUGUCCCAUCAAGCUGAAUGUUGGGAUCUAGGUAGGCCCUGGAAUAAAUUUCAAUAAAUUAUCUUGACAUACUAUAUAUGAGCAUAAUUCUUUCUAUAUAACAAUUGUCACUGUCAUAAAAAAGUUUAUUGAAGAUUGGAGGAUCACGGAACCAACCCAUGGAUGAGGUGGCACUUGUUAGCUUCCAGAUAAAUAAUUAUUUCCCAUUUUAUUGAAAAUUCGGUAUUGAGGAUAAAGCGAGUACAGGAACAGUUUGUCGAGUUUUAUUAAGUAUUUUUCUAUUUGGUUUAUACAUUUCAAGAUUUUUCUACAAGUUCUACAAUCAUGAAUGCUUCAGAACAUGGAUUUAACCCAGCAUUUAAUAUGGCUUCCAUAAAACAGGCGUUUAAUGAAGCUGUUGAAAGAGUGAGAAUGCCAGCACCAACGAGAUUACGGGAUUUAAUCAGACAAAUAAGGGCUGCUCGUACAGCUGCUGAAGAACGCACGGUGGUUAAUAAGGAGUGUGCAUACAUAAGAUCAACAUUUCGUGAAGAAGACAGUGUUUGGAGAUGUAGAAAUAUUGCAAAACUUCUUUACAUCCAUAUGUUAGGUUAUCCUGCUCAUUUUGGUCAACUAGAAUGUCUCAAACUUAUUGCAUCGACGAGAUUUACCGAUAAACGUAUUGGUUACUUAGGUGCAAUGUUGCUACUUGAUGAAAGACAAGAUGUCCAUCUUCUUAUUACCAAUUGUCUAAAAAACGAUUUAAAUAGCACAACGCAGUUUGUUAUUGGUUUAGCUCUAUGUACACUGGGCGCUAUUGCAUCACCUGGUAUGGCACGAGAUCUUGCCGCUGAAGUUGAACGAUUAAUGAAAUCACCAAAUGCAUAUAUUAGAAAAAAAGCUGCACUAUGCGCAUUUAGAAUAAUUCGACGCGUUCCAGAGCUAAUGGAGAUGUUUUUACCAGCAACAAGAAGUUUAUUGACGGAAAAAAAUCAUGGAGUUCUUAUUACCGGAGUUACUCUUAUUACAGAAAUGUGUGAGAACAGCAUUGAUACGUUGAAUCAUUUUAAAAAGGAAUGCGGCCACCGCGAGAUUGUUCCGAAUCUUGUGAGAAUUCUCAAGAACCUGAUCCUCGCGGGUUACUCGCCAGAGCAUGAUGUUUCCGGUGUGUCAGAUCCUUUCCUUCAAGUUAAAAUUCUUCGAUUAUUGCGAAUCCUUGGUCAUAAUGAUGUCGAAACUUCAGAAGCUAUGAAUGAUAUAUUAGCUCAAGUAGCUACUAAUACAGAAACAAGUAAAAAUGUCGGUAAUACAAUAUUAUACGAAACAGUGUUAUCUAUUAUGGAUAUCAAAUCAGAGAGUGGAUUGAGAGUAUUAGCAGUCAACAUACUUGGAAGAUUUCUACUUAACAAUGACAAGAACAUCCGUUAUGUUGCUUUGAAUACUCUUCUUAAAACAGUCUAUGUUGAUACAAGUGCAGUGCAAAGGCACCGGUCAACAAUUCUUGAGUGUCUGAAAGAUCCUGACGUAUCAAUAAGAAGGCGUGCUAUGGAAUUGAGUUUUGCUCUGGUGAAUACAAGUAAUAUUAAAAAUAUGAUGAAAGAACUUCUUUUGUUUCUUGAACGUGCUGAUCCUGAAUUUAAAGCUCAGUGUAGCAGUAAUAUUGUUAUGUCUGCUGAACGAUAUGCUCCGAAUAAACGUUGGCAUCUUGAAACAUUGUUCAAAGUCCUUGUGGCUGCUGGUAAUUAUGUAAGAGACGACGUCGUCGCCUGCACAAUUCAACUAAUCUCAGAAACUCAAACGCAACAGGCUUAUGCAGUAAAUGCUCUUUGGCAUGCACUUGAGAAAGACACUUUUGAUAAACAACCGUUGGCUCAAGUUGCUACAUGGUGUAUUGGUGAAUAUGGAGAUCUUUUACUUUAUGCACAGCCUCACGAAGAUGUUGAAGCUCCUGUUAAUUUAACUGAAGAUGAUGUCAUUGAUGUUUACCAGAGGUUACUUUGGAGUCCACAAAAUACAGUCAUAACUAAGCAAUAUACACUUUUGUCAUUAACAAAAUUAAGUACGAGAUUCCAAUGUGGAAAUGAUAGACCUCCUCGAUUUUACAGAAAGAUCCGUCAGAUAAUUGACACAUUCGGCAGCAAUCUUCAUAUCGAAUUACAACAACGAGGUAUUGAAUUUUCACAACUUUUCCGCAAGUAUGAUCAUCUGAGACUAGCAUUACUGGAACGAAUGCCACCUAUGGAAACAGCUAAACCUCAAGCGAAUGGGAUUAUCGGUAUAGCUAAUGGAGAUCAAGAUGUUGAAGAAGAGAAACCACCAAUUGAGCAAGUUUCAGCAAGCACUGAUUCAAGUGCUCUCUUAGAUCUUCUUGGAUCAUCAGACUUGGGAAUGCCGUCUAUUUCUUCUCCAACUACCACAGCAUUGCCAGCAAUCACUCCGGUUACCAACAACAAUCUUUUGGAUCUUCUCGGCGGUCUUGAUCUAAGCACUACACCUGCUUCUCCUGCAUCAGUAAUCGGUCAAAUUCAAUCACCAUCACAACCUUUCGGCCCUUCAACAAACUUUAUGGUUGAUGGACUUCUCAAUUCGACUGCUCAAAAUGACGCUCAAACGAUGGUUAUUUUUGAUAACAAUGGCUUAAAGAUCACAUUUACAGUUGAGCGUCCUGAUGAUUUGCCUGAUCUACUUGUUAUCAAUAUGACUGCUGUAAAUUCAAAUAUUAUAUCACUUACAGACUUUGUAUUUUCAGCAGCAGUUCCUAGGGCAUUCCAAUUGCAAAUGCUUUCACCGUCUGGUACAGUGAUCGCACCUUCUGGACAAGUCACUCAAGUCUUGAAAGUAUCGAGUCUGAAUAAUGGAGUUCUACGAAUGCGCUUACGUAUCUCUUAUACCGGACCAUCGGGCCCAGUAUUAGAGCAAACAGAAGUAAAUAAUUUUCCGUUGAUGGGAGUUCAGUGACAACAUACAACUAAUGACAAAAUUGUAUAUACGCCUGCCUAAAAAAAUAUAUUUACAAAGUUUUACCACUAUGAUGUAAGUUUAAAUGAAAUUCAGGUAUUUCUGUACUUAAAAUUGGAAUUAUUUUUUAUUAUUUUAUUACUGACGAAAUAGUCAUUAGUUGUAUGAAAAACAACAAAAAUUAAAUUUAUACCAGUGUUUAACUUUUAUACUUUAAUGGAAAAAAAGCGUCGCUAUCGUAUUUUCUUUUUUUUAAGUCUUCGUAGAUUUUAUUGUUGCUAUUAUUUUUAUUAUUAUUGUUUAAUAAUAUUUUAUGAAAAUUAUCAGUAUCAAUGGUAGUUCCGUCCUUUAUUUUGGCGUGAGGUGGACGUGGUAAAUGCGUAUUAAAA